CCGCUGCACUUAUAACAUAUUUCAUUUUUCGCGGGCGCAAGCGAGAGACAGAGAGAGAGAGAGAGCGUAUGGCGGGUCGCUAUUUUUGCGUAUAACUCGCGACUCUCCGCGGCUUUCUAGCUGCUUUGGCCCCACGAGCGCCGCGGCACAUCUUUAUACGGGACCGCAAGCCGCAGCCGCUCCUCAGGUGUCCACUGUCCGUCGCGAGAACUAUCAGUCAGAAUGCGAGCGAGAGUAUGAUCGCGCCUUGGCACUGGGCUCGACGAUAGACAAGCCGAACAAAUUCAACACAAACAUCAAUAAGAGCAUGAUCCUGCUGACGAUCAUGAUAUUGUUCGUAAUCUACACGCGACACGAUGAGCGCAAAAAUUGUAAAGCAUGACCACCAUAGGAGGAAGACGAGCAGAAGACGGCCGUGAUGCGCAAGGCAUUCCAGAUGUUCGACACGACGAAAAGCGGCUUCAUCGACACCAUCAAGAUCUCCACGAUCCUGAACACGAUGGGUCAGCUGUUCGACGACGCCGAGCUCAACGCGAUCAUCGAAGAGAACGACCCCGAGGGUCUGGGCAAAGUCAACUUUGACGGAUUCUGCCGAAUCGCCGGACGCUUCCUCGAGGAGGAGGACUCCGAGGCUAUGCAGGAGGAGCUCAAGGAGGCCUUCAGGCUCUACGACAGGGAGGGCAACGGCUACAUCACCACCGCCACCCUCAAGGAGAUCCUCGCUGCCCUCGACGACAAACUCACCAACACCGACCUCGACGGUAUCAUCGCUGAGAUCGACACUGACGGAUCCGGCACAGUUGACUUUGAUGAAUUCAUGGAGAUGAUGACCGGAGAAUAAAAUCUUCACCCCCAUCAACGCCGAAGAACCAAAAUGCAUUAGUCAGAUGGAGAGGAACCAACAACUGCGAUAUACUAAUUCCGAGCCGUCGGAAUCAGAACAACAUUUAUCAUAUACCAACCGAUUACACUGUCAUCGAUCGAGGCGUGUCUAGAGAGAGCUUAUUGUUUCUUUUCCAAGCUAUAAUCGAGCAACCGUACUUUUCUGCCAAGCUACUUUUGACAUCCUUAUUUAAUAAAGAGACAACGAUCGAUUUUCUAAGAACAA